AUGAGAGAGAUUCUUCGUCGCUCUGUUUUGGUUUGGAUUUUGGAAGAGAAAUUGAAGCGAACGAGAGAAAAGGAAGAGAGACGACGAAGAAAUCGUGUCGCAGAAGCGAUCGGACAAGAGAACAGGAAAAAUGGCAAGGAAAAGGAGGAAAAGUGUGGCGUUGGUGGUGGCGUCGGCGGUUGCGGCGUGAACGUCAGCCUGACGAAGGUAGUCGAGCGGUGGCUCUUGGUGCUCGGCAGCGGCGGCGGCGGCGGCGGCAGCGGCGGCGGUGGCGGCAGCGUCGCUGGUCCGCUGGAGAAGGUAGCUAGUAGAGUUGGGGAAGGGUGA